UGAGAAGUACAUGUACAAUUGUACAUGCUGUAUGUACCAUAGGUACAUACGGUACGGUACGUAAUUAAAACAAAAAAAAUAUGUUAUCUAAGAGUAACAAUCACAAUGGUUCAAAAAUAUUUAAUUGGAAUAUAUUUAAUUAUGUUUUUAAGUAGCACGUUAUCUGAACCAAUCACGAUAUCUUUAGUUGGAUCAGCUAUCGUUCUUGCUAGCGGAUUGUAUAAAUGGGAUACUUUAAAGGAUGCCACAUAUUGUAAAUUUACAGAAUGUUGUAAUGAUUAUCACAUACCUUUUGAUGUACAAAAAUUGAGAGAUUCUCUUUCACAGCGAAUGUUUGGUCAGCCACUGGUCAAUGAACUUUUCAAUAUUAUCUCAGCUCACAAAGAGAAUAUUAAUGAAAGCAAUGGGAACAAGAAAGCUCUAGUAAUAAGUCUCCAUGGCUGGUCAGGUGUUGGUAAAAAUUUUGCCUCUACAAUGAUUGCCGAAGCUAUCUAUCGCAAAGGCAUGCAGAGCAACUAUGUAAAACUAUUUAUGGGUAAAAAAGAUUUCGAUUGCUAUGAAUUGGAAAAGAAAAAACAAAUGUUAGUUAAUACAUUGAACACUCUGGUGAAGAAAUGUCCCAAAUCUCUGAUUAUCUUUGAUGAGAUACAUCACAUGUGUCCAUCAGUGCUUGAUACAAUAAUACCAAUGCUCGAUCACCACAGUGCUGUUGAUGAGGUGGAUUAUAGAAACACCAUCUUUAUUUUUAUAUCAAACAUAGGAGGACAUGAAAUAGCAACAAAGCUUUUAGAACUCUACGAAAAAGGUGUAACUCGAUCAGAAGUUGAAUUCCGUGAUUUUGAACCUAUCAUUCGGAGGACAGCAUAUUUCCAAGGUGGCUUCGAGAAAGCGGCCGCCAUUGCACACCAUUUGAUCGAUCACUAUGUACCUUUUUUACCCUUGGAACAACAUCACGUCGAAAUGUGUGCACUUGCAGAAUUUAAAGCUAACGGCGUUGAAAAGCCGUCGAAGAAAAUGAUGGCGGAUGCCUUAACUGUUAUAACAUACGGUCCGUCAGAGACUCAAGCUAUUUUUGCAAAUAAUGGAUGCAGACGAUUCACAAGACACAUUCCAUAUGUAAUAAAAAAGCACACUAGAAAAACAGAAUUAUGAAACAUAUACUAAUUAAAAAUAUUAUAAGGUUUAA